AUGGCAUCGCAGUGCCCAGCCGAAUUGAAAACUCUCUUACCUCUUUACAAGAUUAGCUUGGAAUUUUCCAAAAGAGAUCCUGUCAUCUGCUACUAUGCCCAAUUAUAUGUCGUUCAAAAUGGCUUGAAACAAAGCACUAAAAACAUCGAAGUGAAAAAAUUCUUAAUGACCUUGAUGGAUGGAAUGGAAGGAGUAAGAAAUAAUCUAGUCGGUAACGAAGCAAUAACCAACGAAGUGGCUGGCCAGGCUCAUGUUGAAAAUAUUGCUAUGAAACUAUUUCUACAUGCCGAUACAGAAGAUAGAGCGUCUCGAUUUAAUAAGAAUGUAAUCAAAGCCUUUUAUACAGCUUCGCUCAUCUUUGAAAUGUUGACAUUAUUUGGUGAAUUGACCGAUGAGGUGCAAAGAAACAAAAAAUACGCUAAAUGGAAAGCAGCUUAUAUUGCUAAAUGUCUAAAAAGUGGUGAGGCACCUAUACCUGGUCCAGUAGGUGGAGAUGAUGACCCAUUUAGUGAAUUUGGAGAUUUCAAUCAAGUACCCCCUCCUUCUGAUAGCUUUACUAGCAACAAUACAAACAUGCCAUCAAAUCCUCCUGCCCCUGGAUUUAAUACUGAGUAUGAUAUGCCGUCACCUUCCAAUCCUAGCUUUAAUGAAGCAAAUUUUCCACCCCAACAACCUAGUACACAGAAUUAUACUAUGCCAACGCCUUCAAGUUAUGACAACACCGCAGCAGCGACUGGCAAUGUCAAUGUUGCCCCGACUAGUUCAAAUACUGGCGUUACUUUGUCACCGCAAGACAGCGAUAAAGCACAGAAAUUUUGUCGCUAUGCUAUCAGUGCUCUACAAUAUGAAGACACCCCAACUGCAAUAGAAAACUUACAGAAAGCUCUACGCCUACUACAAACAGGGAAACUAUAA